AUGGGAGCAAAUAGCAGCAGCAUCAGCGAGCUUCCGGAAAAUGAGUACUUAAAAAAAUUGUCCGGAGCAGAGCCCAUCUCUGAGAAUGACCCAUUCUGGAAUCAGCUGCUCUCUUUUAGCUUUACCACUCCAACAAACAGUGCUGACUUAAAGCUCUUGGAAGAAGCCACAAUCUCAGUCUGCAAGUCUUUAGUCGAGAAGAAUCCUCGAACAGGAAACCUUGGAUCGUUGAUUAAAGUCUUUCUUUCUAGAACCAAAGAGUUAAAAAUUUCAGCAGAAUGUCAGAAUCACCUCUUUAUUUGGCAGGCUCACAAUGCACUGUUUAUUAUUUGCUGUUUGCUGAAAGUGUUCAUCAGUCGAAUGUCAGAAGAGGAGCUCCAGCUCCAUUUUACCUACGAAGAGAAAGCACCAGGCUCAUACGGAGCAGAGUGCGAAGACCUCAUAGAAGAGUUGCUGUGUUGCCUCAUCCAGCUCAUUGUUGAAAUUCCCCUCUUACCUCUCUCUCGCCGGCAGGGAACACAGCUGAAUGAUGUGGUGAGCGCAGAAUGCGGUUGUGAGCAGUGCUUGGCGUUGGAGCAAAGCCAGCAGCGGCAGGAUGGUGACACAUGGUGCGGUUCUGUGGACUGCGAUCCUGGAAAUUGUGAUUCCAGUUUGCUGUUGACUUUGAGCAGAGAUAUUACAUACGGCAUUUCCUUGGAAGCUGUGACAACUCUCAUUGUCUUCCUCUCCUGCCAGUUAUUCCACAAAGAAAUUCUACGAGAGAGCAUCAUUCACAAAUACCUGAUGCGUGGUCGAUGUCUCCCAUAUACCAGCAGACUUGUGAAAACUUUACUGUAUAAUUUCAUUAGACAAGAAAGAAGCCCUCCUCCAGGAACCCAUGUCUUUCAGCAGCAAACAGAUGGAGGAGGACUACUUUAUGGAAUUGCAUCUGGGGUGGCAA